UCAUUUUUCCUUCCGUCCCCACCUUUCCCAGAAAAAGAAACAGAGAGAAAGAAAAAGAGGGUCAGAGACUAAGAAUAGAGAAAACACACUCACAGAGAGUGAGAGAGGAGAUAGAUGAUGACGUACGCAGCCACAGCUUCAAGGCCGCUGUGUUCUUCACGAACCCAAGUGCCCAUUUCGCCGAUUGUGAAGGGCACUGCCCUCAACAGCAAUGGUAUUAUCAAUUGCCGUCGGAGAAGCAAUGGCGUCUGUGUGAUAAAGGCCAUGAAAAGCUCGUCUCCUCCACGACUGACCUUGUCGAGCAAUUGGGAUUUUCCCUCAGCUACAACUUCAGCUCCAAGGCUGCCCAGAUUCGAAGAGCUCGAUACCACCAACAUGCUUCUCCGUCAAAGAAUCAUCUUUCUGGGUUCUCAGGUAGAUGACAUGACAGCAGAUUUGAUCAUAAGCCAACUUCUAUUUCUAGAUGCCGAGGACCCGAAAAAGGAUAUUAAAUUGUUUAUCAAUUCGCCUGGUGGUUCUGUUACUGCUGGAAUGGGAAUAUAUGAUGCAAUGAAAUUGUGCAAGGCAGAUGUUUCAACUGUUUGCCUGGGGCUUGCUGCUUCUAUGGGGGCCUUUCUUCUUGCUGCUGGCACAAAAGGAAAGAGAUUCUGCAUGCCCAAUGCAAGAGUGAUGAUCCAUCAACCCCUUGGAACUGCCGGGGGAAAAGCAACAGAAAUGGGUAUUCGAAUUAGAGAAAUGGUGUACCACAAGAUUAAAUUGAACAAAAUAUUCUCAAGAAUCACGGGGAAGCCUUUGGAGCAGAUUGAAGAGGACACGGACCGUGAUAAUUUCAUGAAUCCUUGGGAAGCUAGGGAUUAUGGGUUGAUUGAUGUCGUUAUCGAUGAUGGAAAGCCAGGCUUAGUUGCACCCAUUGGAGAUUUCACACCUCCACCAAGAACACGAGUCUGGGAUCAGUGGAAAGUUGAAGGGAGCAAGAAAUCGAGAAAGAACUUGCCCUCAGAACAAAGGAUUUCUGACACUGAAAGAGGGGACGAGAGGGAAAAGGAAGCACCCGCUGCUAUAUGAGGCAUUGUGGUAGACUGAUCUUGUGCUUUUUACCUUUGGUUUAUUUUGAUUAUGUUGUACUCCUCACCUCAUAAUCUUGUAAAUCAUUUGUCCAAAUGGUGAAAGUAGAUUAUUCAGGAUCUGCUCGGAGAUUAUUCCGUCGGAAAGCGCAAAUUUAAAUGUUAAACAGAAUUUGCUUCUC